CCAUUCAUGACCUGAUGGGUGUACUACGAAGCGAGGUAACUGGCUUAUCCAGGUAACUUCAGGAGUAAUUUAGUGACGUCGUGUGUAACUUCCCGAUUAACCCGUACUACGAAAUGUGAAUACCCGAGGUAUGCUGUCAUGGCAGUUUCCGAGCGGGUAAUCUUCAUGGUUAACUCGAUGUUACCCAACGUAAGCACAGCCCUUCCGCCCCCAAAAAGGCCGGCACAUUUGGAAGACCCAAUCGACAUGGCAGCCCGGAUUGUGAUGCUCACUCCGCAGGGCAGAAUGUGUAAUUCCAGUUUACCCCGAUUAAGUUUUCUAAUAAAGUUAUCGAUUCUCAUCUGAGGGAAUUCCAUAUCUUUUUGCCGGCUUCUAUGGCCAGACGUAUCUAAUGCCACUCGUCGGAGUAAUGCCCUCACUGUCGAACAGACAAGUUUGCCUAGCUUUGCGAUAUUUUGCCAGCGGCCGUUUCAUGCAUUCCACCAGUGAUGCUGAACAUCAGAUCAAGAAUACUGUAUCCGUGCAGGUCGCAAGGUGGUACUUGCUCUCACUAACCUGCUUGAUGCAUUUGUUGUGUUCCCUGGUCAUUUAAGCGUUCUUAAGAUCAAGUAUGCUUUUUAUGUGAUCGUAAGUAAAUCGCAAAAAAUAGUUGUUCUAUUUUUAAUAUGCAUAGGCUGGGCAUAUGCUAUAUACAGAACACAUUGUUUCCAUAGGAAUCCCUAGGGUGAUUGGUGUGAUUGACAGUACGCGUAUUCCCAUUAGAGCGCCCCUGGGAGAACAUGAGGGGGGUUAUGUGAAUAGGAAGUAAUUUCACAGCAUUCAUUUUCAGAUAUUUGAUCAUUAUAUUCAUACAGUAGCCCUACAACCUAGGUGCUUUAUGGAGUAGCCUAUAUCUUAAAUCAUUAACAGUGAGCAAAUUGAUCAAUUUCAGAGAGUACCCAUGUGCCUAUAGGCCAUAAUUGACUAUUCUUAGUAUUUUUCACAUAUUUAGAUAGACAUUUUAACUUGUCCUUACUUUCCAUCUCAAUCAUACUACAAAUAAAAGAAGAGUUUAUAAGACAAAAUAGAGAAUAUAAGACAAGAACACUGCACUACGAGUUUACUCUUUGCGAUGCGCUGCCAACAAGCCUCCCAAGCUUUGUUGGCCGCCACGGUGUGAGAUUUAUAGCUGUUAACCUUUCUUUAAACUCCUCAUAUCCUGACAUUACAAACCUGCGUUCUUUCAGGGAAGAAUACCGAGCACGAGCCAUUGUGCAAAAACUGCCGAAGGUACCCCUUUUCGGCGAACGCGAACAAGCUCAAGUAAGUUAACGCCUAUCACCUAUAAAUAUGUUAAUCACCAUAGUACCGUUUAACAACAGUUUGUCAACCCUGACUUUCCUUGAUAACCCCGAGUUAAAUCUGAGUAUAUGGAACUGUAGUAUACUCAGUGGUGUAGAGGAGGGUAUACGCAAGUUUACGCUUUCUACCCACUUUUUUGUUUACGGGCAUAUACUGUGUAUACUGACUUCUUACUGAUGCUUAUGAAUGUAGUACAAUCAACGUAUAUGCAAUAUACAUUAUUUUUGUGAUAAAGCAUGCAAAAUGUGCAUACAUAAACCAGUCGCAUAGUUAUUACAAACGCAAUUAGCAUAUUAAAAACGACCAAUAAAUAAUGUGCCGGAGACCGAUGUAUGACAUAGCUCUGAUGGCAAAAUUAUAUUUCCAUAGGCUACGUUACUUCCGAACUACAAAAUGAAACGAACUCAUGGAACAUCUUUGUAAUUUGUCCAACCAAAUAAACAUAGUCGAGCAGCAGACAAAACUGCCAACUCUGCUGGAGCACUUUCAGAUUUUGAAAGAUUUAGAAAGCAACCGGAUCCUCCAUGGUAAGGAUUUGGUACAGACUGUACCGUACAGUAAAUCAAUUUGUCAAUGUUGCAGUUUGGCAGUACUCCCUUGUUAACUGCCUUAGCUAGCUAACGUUUUCUAGCUAACUCUAUUGUGGACAAUUUUUUUGUUUUGGAAAUGGUAGCUAGUUCAAUUGGAAAAUGCGGGUAGGGAAGCUGACAUCAGGACUGGUAGUCAGUUAGCUAGAUUUCUUAUUUAAAAACUUUCAGCUUUCAUAUGGCGUAGCGUGGUUCAUAGCUUGCCUUUUUAAUACAAUAUUGCAAUCUUGUGGUGUAAAUGGGACAUCUUAUUUGCACUUUCAUUGUAAAUUACUGAGUAUACUGUAUGUUUUUUGUUCUUAGACACCAAUGAUUGACCAGACCUAUAGACAGUGAAAGAUUUACUAUGAAGUCCAAAAACUUCUGGUUAGGAUGCAAGAAACAGGUAAUUUGCCCAGACUCGUUGAGAUCAGAACAGAAAAGGCAUCCAUACCUGAAGAAGGACAAGGAACACUUUCUACCACGAAACGACAAGGACCAUUCAGCUCAGAAAGACAACUGUGGAAAAACCCAUCCGGAUUUCAAACACAGAGCAGCCGUUCUUCUGACAAGGGACAUCAGUGGGUGGAAGAAAGUUCUGGAGUUGCGGAUGUGAACAUCAGACCUCUUUGUCCCCCAAGCCAGAGCUCAAGAACUAACCAACAGCAGGCUUCUACAGUACAUACAGCAGAGAUAGUGUUUAAGGACCAACUCACCUUCAUUCAAAUAUGACAAAUUCUCUGUCAUUGACACAUUUCAAUAUAGAUUCUUUUUUAGGUAGGGUGAAAAAAUACCUAAAAACAAAACCUAUGACUCCUAUGACAACAAAAUGACACCGAAUUCCAUUCACCUUUCAUACUUUUAGUCAACGUUCAACGAUGUUGGGGCCUAGUCCACACAAUGGCCAAACAAGGUAAUGAUGUAUCAUGGUUCUCAUCUGUCCUGAAACGACUGUUUCUGACAGAAAGUGUGGUAGAGGUGGGUUAAGAGGUGAUAUAGGGGGUCUUUGCCCCUGGGCUGUUCCUUUGUGCUGUGUUUACAUGGGCUUGGGUUGGUAAUGGUAUAAACACAGGCCAAUAUCACUGUGGCAAUCAAAGGCAGCUCGGGAGAGUGGUUUAAAGUGAAUCGAUAUCCUAAUCAUUGUAUACAGUGUCAUAUACUACAGCCAUCAGUCAAUCAUCUAUUGUCAGUGUUAUCAAAUCACUUCACAGUUCUUCGGCUGCUAUAUGGUAACCGUUUCCGGCGUUUGAGGCAAGGACUCAUAACAAGUAUAAUACGGACGAGAGAGUUAGUAAGUGCAUAAAAAUGAGUGAGUUGGUUGAGUGAGUGAUUACCCGCUCGCCCGCCUGCCUGUGUUUGUGUGUGUUUAUAUUCUCAUGCAGUGUGGCUGGUUGUUCAGCUGCCCACUCAAGCCACAUUCUGGAACUGAGAAUAAACAAUGCUGCCCUCACAUCCCUGGCACAUCUAGAGGAAACACUGCUGUAGAGACGGUGGUCAUGAAGGAAAGGAGACGAGGAAAGGAAGUUGUUUGGCACAUAGUAUUUUGUACUGUCAGUAGGAGUAUGAUGCAGAUGUCUCAACCGUUGGGGUUUUCAUGCUUCCUUUUCGUCUCCUCAGGAAGGAAGUCAAGUCUUGCAGCUAAUUCUUCUGACAGCUCACUCUUCUCACUACAGACUGGAGCAGACUACUAUACUGAGGUUCACAUUGCUACCAGAACCCUAGCCCUCUGGCUGUGGCGUUGUCAUACAUGGAGAAUGAGAGAUUGAUUUUGAUUGGCUGUCCGGUGGAAUGUAUGUGUGCGGGACACUGAGCGAGUCUGGAAUGCCGUUCUGUAAGCAUAAGGAAGGAGUGAGUAACAAUGGAAGGGGAGGAGAGAGGAGAAAGGGACUAACCAGUGUGGUAGGUUGCUGUAAAGAUACAUCUUGCAAAGAUGACAGAGAGCGAUUGGAGGAUGAUGAGGGCAGGACUACUCACUACUCACUACAACACCAUAACACGGCCUCUGAUUCCAUCAGCUUUGACUCUUAAGUGUCUCAGUGUCCAAGGGUUCGGAGACUUUCGUGUGACUGCUUUCCAGAAAAACUUGAAUACAUUGGAAUUCUUUUUAGCUACUGGAGCCGACACCCCAGAGACAUAAAGAGGGAUGGACCGAGAGGGAGAGAGAAGGAGAACUAACAAUCAUCUCUGAGUGUGUGGGAGACAGAAAUGCUGAGAAUCUUCAUCGAUGGACUCUCAAACCUUUGGAUGGCCUACUAAUGCGUGGCUGUUGGUCAUGAAAACAGUGCAGUCCUUCCACUUCUUCGUUUAGGAACUGACUAGGCCUGCUGCCACUAAUCCAAGGGUGUUGUUAAGGCUGUCCAAAAAGGAAUAUUUACUGAGAUAUAAACACAUGCUUGAACCAUAACUUCUGGAUUUUCAACAAACUAGAUUUGACUCUCACCGGACCCAUACCCCCUGCUGUGUGGAAAUACCCAGUGGGCGCCACGAUGGCCGCUGGGCAGUUGAGCCAGAAUGGCGGCACGAGGAAACUGAUCAGAGAGGAUAGCAGCGACAGCGCCGGAAACUGCAACGAUCGGGGUCAGUUGGCUGGAGGCCGGGGCAGGACCGAGUGGAAGGGGAUGAACCUGUACAACAGGAGUAAGAGUUUGGAUAGGAGAGGAGAGGUGGACAGUUCUGACCAGGGUCUUUGGACUGGGGUGCUGGGGUGUUCUGAGAACCCUAGGGGAACCAUGGUAAAAAGGGCAGAGUGUUUUGAGAAUUGGGGGGCAGGAGAGAACAAAGUGAUGUCCAGGGUGAAGGCUUUUAACUCAGCUGGGCCUAGUAAGAUUUGCACCCCCAUCGGGGGGUCUGGGUCAGAGGUUUCCCCUGUUCAAGGGGUGUCCUCCGUGGGUCAAGGACAUGUUGCCCUUCUGGACAAAGCCAGUGGGGGUCUGUCCUUCCCCACCAGGCUGAGGUCAGGUCCUCGUCCUUCGUCAGGGGUCAGGGAACCAGUGGGCGGAUCCAUUGGAUCUUCCCAGGGUCAGACUAUUUGGGAUCGGAUAGAAAAACUCUAUGGAUCCAGUGGACCUGAUAAAACAGCUUUUAAAGAAGAGGCUGUGAAAGACUCAACCAGAACCAAACGUUUCUCAGCGCCUGUAGGAGACUGGCGUCUCUCUGAGGGGGAUUCCGAAGAUACAGUGGCCAAUGGCAGGAGGUUGACCACAGACUCUGGCACCUCCUCUCCCUCCACGCCCCCUGUAUCCUCCCCCCUUGGUGGACAAUGGAGGGUGGAGACAGCGGGAACCUUCCCCAAACGACUACCGAAGGGGGAGAUGAACACCCUGCGCUCUCACACACCCCUGGGUGAACAGAAUACUACACACACACUCCAGAGAGAUCAGAGAAGCACGACAAAGUUAUCUGAUUUGGGUUUCUCUUUGUCGCCUGUAUCACAAAGGACCAGGGACAGACCUUCAGGGGAACAGAAGCGGGGUCUGGUCCAGGGCAGACUUCCUGAGGAGGGUAAAAAGGUGACAGGUAGAGGGGAUAUGAAUUUGGGCACCCUGUCUCUGGAUAGAGCCAUGACAAAGCAUCAAUUGGACAAAGCAUCAAAUGCACCUUUAGUGAAAGAAAAUGCUCCCCCCCAGCACAGCCAAUCACUGACACACACCAGAGAACCCCAGCCUAUCACAGCACCUGGUGUAGGUGUCUCUACGGGAUCCAACUUCCAUCUGGCCAAUCAGUUUAAUGGGAAAACGGACACAUGUGAUUGGAGCACGACUUCUGCUAGAGGCUUGGUGCGGGAAGGGAGCCUAUCAGAAGAUGUGUUUGAAGCCGACCCCCCACAGAUUAUAACGUCACCAAAUGAUGAAAAAAACAUGUUACCAGGGAAAGCUAUAGUACCCUUAGCAGCCAGUGUGAGGAAUAAAAUUCACCAGUUUGAAGCUCUGACACAGAAGGCUCAUGUCCCGACGGCCAACUACCGACGGGCUUACUCUGUCCCCGAGCAGCCUGGUGAAGCCCAGGCUUGGAAGAGUGUGACAGAGAGAGGGGCAGGCGGGGUGAGGGGAGGAGGGCAGGGGCGCAUUUUUAGAGGGGAUCGAGGAAGAGGACAAGGAGAAGAGGCAAAGAAGAGUGAAUUGGAUCAGGCACCAGGUGAAGCGAGAGGACGGGAGGCAGCGCCUGAAGAGGGGGGAGGGAGAAAGUCAGGUACAGGCUGGGCAUUGAGGUCCAUGUCUAAUGAUCUGGUGGGGAUGAAGUUGGGGAGCAGGGAGAGAGAGGCUGCAGAAGAUCAGUCAGUUGGCUCUGGCACAUUGUACAACCACAAGGGGAGACUAGAGCUCCCUCUGAAUGAUAGAACCAACAGAGACUCUCACAGAGAUGUUGACAUUGAUGUGCCAGAUGGCCACAGACACACAGUCACGUCCCAGGAGUUGGGAGGAAGUGACACCAACACAGCAGUUCCUGUAGAUACGUCCCCCUACCAGCUCUCUAACUAUCAGAACUCUGAGGUGAUCUCUGACCAGUCUAAAAGGCUUAACAGUAGAGAUUUGCCUAACCUGUCAUCUCCGCUAAGCGAUGAUGACAAAACACCUACCAACACCCCCCAGAACUCCCCCUUUUACCCCCAGAACUCAACUUUCUGCCCACAGAACAAACCCUGCACCUCUCUCUCCCAAGUCACUACCUCCCCCCUGCCAACUAAACAAGAUGUGGAUUCAGCUGUGACAACUGUUGAGGUCCGUCCGGUCUCCACGCACACAGCCCAGAGCCAGGUCACUUCAGACCCACCAGUCUCACAUUCGGGCCUGGGGAGUGGUUUAUUGUCCUUCCCCCUAACCUCCUCCUCCUCCAGCACACUCUCCCAGAGCAGCCUCCCCCUGUUGCUCCCUGUGGCCCACUGGAACUCAGAUGAGGGGGAAGGGAGUGAUGAUGAUGAUACGGACGAUGAAGGAACUGAGAAGGAUGAGGACUCUAACUACGACUCCGACUCCGCAGAGUCGUCGGUGACCGUCACCAGCGCCAUGAGCCAAACCGAUCGCAAGAGCUUUUCUCUUAGCCUAGCAGAGCUGUGUAACUUUGGAGGGGUGGACUACGAUUCCCAGUCGUCCUCAGACAGUGAGGAGUGGAUGUCGGGCCGGUCAGUCAGCCUGUCGUCUGACACAUCGGCCUUCUCCUGUGUGUCCGUCCUGGGCACCGAUGAGCUUGACCGCCUGCUGGAUGAUGUCAGGGGUCUGGGGGACACGGCACUGCAGAACUAUGAGGACGUGCAGGUGGUGGUUCUCCAUAAGGACAUUGGUGUGGGGCUGGGAUUCACCAUGGCCGGAGGAGUGGACCAAAAUAAACCUGUCACGGUCCACAAGGUUUUCCCGGAAGGUGUGGCAGCCAAGGAGGGAUCCAUUCGGGAGGGCGACAAGGUCCUGUCAAUCAACGGCACAGCGCUGAGUGGUUCCACCCACUUGGAGGUGCUGAGGACAUUGAAGAGGUCUCGGUCUCGAGGAAUGGCUGUGGUGGUGCUGCGUAGAGGAGGGUUCACAGACCCUCAGAAGGGAAGGAUGGCAACUGACACUCAAGGACAGACACAGACUGCUAACAUAGGUCAGAGGGUGUGUGUGAGGCUGGAGAAGCGUAGCAGAGACCUGGGCUUCAGUCUGGAGGGAGGAGUGGGUUCCCCUCUUGGAGACAGACCCCUCACAGUACAGAAAGUCUUCCUGGGUGGCCCGGUGAACGAGGUGUCUGCAGGGGACGAGGUGUUGGAGAUUCAGGGUGUGAGUCUGGUGGGAUUAAGGAGACUGGAGGCCUGGAACCUGAUCCGAAAACUGCCCCCUGGGCCAGUGGAGGUGGUACUACGCCAUCCUCACAAAUGACACAGGGAAGGCAGUAGCCUUGAGGUUGGAGAAGCCGACCUGCAACCAAACGGUGUUCAGCUUGAAUCUCAGUGCUGACUGAGGGGAAAACUGCCCUGGUGGGAACUGGCAACAGGAGGGUUUGUUGACAUCAAUGUGUCAAUUGAAAAUGAUUGCCUUGAAGUACUUAACCCGCUAAGCUAAAGAGGAAUUCAUGAUACACUUUGUCGUUUCCAUUCCAUUACAGUCUUUUAAGUUAAAAUAAUAAUAAUUACUAUGUCUCAUAAAUCACUUUUUGUGUGUGUUUAUUUAAUGCAAAUAACGCAAAGAUAUAUAUUUUUUAUAAUUUAUUUACAUUUGCCUCAUUUAGCCUUUGAAAUGCCCUGUCUGAAUGUUUGACUGUUUAAGGUUUUUCACAAUGAAUUUUACAAACUCAUUCCUGAUUCGCUGAUAGGUCAGUUUACAUUCCGGUCCCUUAAACAGAUUAAGAGUCAUUGGUCUGUUAUAAUCAAAUCAGCUUUGUAACAUAAGUUGGCCUAUUGUACCAUCCGAAGGGAUUUUUGUUUUGUUUUGAAGAGCUCUCACACAGAAAAGGCUUCAUGAUCUUUAUCAUUUCAGUGUUAUUUUGUCUAAUAGUGUGGAAAUGUCAUGUUUACGUAGUGAAAUCACAUUUUGGACUGCACAGGGACUUUUUCGAAGCAGUGAAGUAUCUCUAGGAGUUUGAAGUCUUAACUGGCCUACGCACAAGUCACAUCCGUGGUUUGGGUCAACUUCUACGUGGAGUGAGAGGGAGUGAGGUCAUCAGCACACCAGUCCUAUAAUAUGAACAAAGCACUGAAGAAAUCUGAAUAUAUAGAGGAGGGCCAAUAUCUGUGUACAGGAUCAGCCCAGGGUACGGAAAGGGAGACAGGUCAAUACAGAAGGUAAAAUUAUAAUGGUCUAUGUGUUUCUGUACAAUAUAUCUAGUAUCUGCUCAUUGUUUUGUAUGAUGGAAUGUAAGGAGUUUUGUAUAUUUAGUAUCGUGUUGUGAUUAUAAAUCUAAAAACGGUCCUGGUGUUAAUAAAUCCUAGAAUAAC